AUGGAUAUUUUGGAAUUAUUUAGAAAGGUUCAAAUAAAUAUUCCAUUGUUGGAUGUAGUGAAGCAAAUCCCAGCUUAUGCUAAGUUCCUCAAGGAUGUUUGCAUAAACAAGCGAAAGUUUGCUACACAUGAGAAAGUGAUGUUGUCUGAGGAAUGCAGUGCAGUUCUCCUUAAGAAAUUGCCACCAAAACUUAAGGAUCUAGGGAGUCUAUCAAAUAUCCACUUGAAAUCAUUGAAGAUAUACUACAUAGAGGAAGAUAGAGAAGUUCCCAUUAUUAUGGGGCGUCCUUUUAUGGCUACUACUGGCACCAUCAUUGAUGUGAAGAAAGGUUUAUUGUCCAUGACUGUGCAAGGCCAAACUGUUGAGUUCAGGGUGUUUGAAGCCAUUAAGAAGCCUGCGGAGAUGGACGAAUGUUUUUGUGUAUAUGCCAUUGAUACUAUUGCCCGCACCACUUUCCUAGCUAAUGUAAACAAGGAUGAACUUCUCACAUGCCUAGCUAACCCGGAGCUAAGAUCAGAUUCCAAUGAGGCCCAACACCUUGUAGCAGCUUUGGAUUCAGCACCUAUUCAGCUCCUAAGGUGGCGUCACACAUAUGAGCCACUAGGGACACCUAGCACUCUUGUUUUGCAGGCUGCUAGUGUGAAAAGGAAGCUACAACUUAAUGAACUCAAUGAGCUCAAACAUGAGGCUUAUGAGAAUGCAAGGAUAUAUAAAGAAAAGACCAAAAAAUGGACAGGCCCCUUCCUCGUCACUCAAGUUUAUGCUCAUGGUGAUAUAGAUAUUCAAAACAUGUCAACUAAGACCCAAUUCAAAGUAAAUGGUCAUCGCCUCAAGCAUUAUCUAGAAUCUCAGUUUGAUCCUCAAGAGGUGGUGUCAUUCUUUGACACCAUUCCAUCACCAUGUUCAUGA